AUGGCGGGUCUGACUCUUGGGCUGAUGUCGCUUGGCCUUGUGGACCUUGAAGUGCUCAGAAAAUCUGGGCAGCCCCAGGAUCGUAAACAUGCCUCUAAAAUACUUCCCGUGGUGAAAAACCAGCAUCUUUUGCUUUGCACACUCUUGAUUGGGAACUCUUUAGCUAUGGAGUCACUUCCCAUUUUCUUGGACAAGCUCGUGCCUCCAUGGGCCGCUGUUCUGGUAUCGGUCACACUCAUUCUCAUGUUUGGAGAGAUAUUGCCUCAAGCAAUCUGUACUCGCUAUGGAUUAACCGUUGGAGCUACUGUGGCGCCCUUUGUCCGCCUUCUUCUUUGGUUGUUCUUCCCAAUUGCUUAUCCAAUUAGUAAGUUUCUUGAUUGGAUGCUGGGUAAGGGUCAUGCUGCGUUAUUGCGUAGGGCCGAGCUGAAAACUUUUGUUGAUUUUCAUGGAAAUGAGGCUGGAAAAGGUGGAGAUUUGACGCAUGACGAGACCACAAUAAUUGCUGGGGCAUUGGAAUUAACUGAGAAGACUGCAAAAGAUGCAAUGACCCCUAUAUCCAAGGCAUUUUCCAUUGAUCUGGAUGGGAAUCUUAAUUUGGAGACAUUGAAUGCCAUCAUGACUAUGGGCCACAGUAGAGUUCCUGUUUACUACAAAAACCCAAAUAAUAUCAUUGGGCUCAUAUUGGUCAAAAAUCUUCUGGCGGUUGACCCGAGUGAUUCAGUUCCUCUCAGAAAAAUGUUGAUACGAAAAAUCCCUCGUGUCUCGGAAAACAUGCCCCUCUAUGAUAUUUUGAAUGAAUUCCAAAAGGGCCACAGCCACAUUGCCGUUGUGUAUAAGGACUCGAACGAAACAAAAGAGUCGUUGCAAAAAGCCAAAGAAGAUUAUCAAAAUUUUGCUAUAAAACCAGACGAGAGCUUAGUGAAGAAAAACCAGCCGGCUUUCAAGAAGAAACACAGAGGUUGUUCAUUUUGCAUUCUGGAUUUGGACACGUCUCCAAUUCCAGAGAUUCCGCCUGAUCAAGUGGCUGUAGGUGUUAUAUCCAUGGAGGAUGUCAUUGAGGAGCUUCUUCAGGAGGAGAUACUGGAUGAAACGGAUGAAUAUGUGAACAUACACAACAGGAUAAAGAUAAACAUGAUUGGUUCUCAGGAUAAUAAGGCUCCUGAAUCGGACUCGACUCAAUCUAUAGCUGCAGCUUCUCAAUUAAUUGCUUAG